GCAGAAGGUAUAAAUAGAGACCUAUGUGGGUGCCAAAAUCUGAAGUCUGUUUUUUGUAUCACGCUCUGCAUCUUUUGGGCUUUUGCUUGGUCUUUGGGUUUGUUUUUGAAGUUCUUCCAUGAUGAGCUGCAGCACCAAACAAACAAAAACAGUGUAUACCAGAGGGAGAAGCGCCAGCAGUAGCUGUGUUAGUGGAGAUGGUGGAAUAAGGGUUGGUCCAGGAGUCUCUGGGAGACGUGCCUCCCCUGCCGUAGGUAGUGUUAGAUGUGGUAUGUCCGGGAGGAGCUACUGCAGUGGGGUGAGUUAUGGAGGGGGCUUGAGUGGAGGAAGUUGUAUUGAUGGUGGCUUUGGAGGAGGGCUAGGAGGUCCAUUAGGUGCUGGUUUUGGGUCUGCUCCCAGCGGUGGCAGUGUCCUCUUUGGGCAUAUUGGUGGUGGCCUUGGUGGUGGAUUUGGCAUUUGCAAUGAGGUGCCUUUGAUCUCCUGUGACGAGAAGAUGACCAUGCAGAACCUCAAUGACCGCCUGGCCUCUUACCUGGAGAAAGUGCGAUGCUUGGAGGGGGAAAAUGGUCAGCUUGAGUGCAAAAUUAGGGAGUGGUACGACCGUCAAGGCUCACUCUGGGAUCCAAAGGAUUAUGGCUGUUACUACCAACAAAUUGAAGAUCUUAAAAACCAGAUUAUUUGUGCCACCGUGGACAAUAGCAAGUUUGUCCUGAAUAUUGAUAAUAACAGGAUGACUGCAGAUGACUUCAGACUGAAGUAUGAGACUGAGCUGGCUCUUUGUCAGAAUGUGGAGGGUGACAUCAAUGGCUUACGUCAAGUCCUGGAUCAACUGACCCUUUGCAGGUCUGACUUGGAGGCACAACUUGAAUCCAUCCGGGAAGAGCUGUGUUCCCUCAAGAAGAACCAUGAAGAGGAAAUCAAUUGUCUGAAGAACCAGGCCACUGGGGAUGUUAGUGUGGAAGUCAAUUCUUGCCCAGGCCCAGACCUGAAGAAGAUCCUGGAAGACAUGAGAUGCCAGUACGAAACCAUGAUUGAGAACAACCGUAGAGAAGUUGAGCAGUGGUACGAAUGUAAGGUGGAGGAAGUGGGCCAGGAGGUCUGUAACAGCAGCAAAGAGGUUGAAGAUUGCAAAAACCAAGUUGUUGACUUGAAACGCCAGCUGCAGACUUUGGAAAUCGAUCUGCAAGCUCAGCUUUGCCUGAGGGACACUCUGCAAGCCUCUUUGGCUGAGACUGAAUGUCGCUAUAACGACGACUUGGGCGAAAUACAGAACCAGAUCUCUUGCGUGGAGCAGCAGCUGGCGGAGCUGAGGACAGAGAUGGAGUGCCAGAACCAUGAAUACAGAGAGCUCCUGGAUGUCAAAUGUCGCCUGGAACAGGAGAUCCAGACAUACCGCUGCCUGUUAGAGGGAGGGCAGCAAGACACUGUGGGCCCAAGCAGCGGCGGUUCAGGAGGAGGAGUUUGCAGGCAAUCAGGAGGAGGUGUGGCUAAAACCUCCUACACUUACACGAGCGCAUCUUCCCAAUGCCAACCUUGCCAGCCUGAUGUAAAAGGGUACAGCAGAUAGACCUGGAAGGAGAGCACCUUAUUCCAUAGAUGCAGCUGUCGCAACUCCGUUCUACGAACUUUCUGGGCUUUUAUCGAUAAGCAAGAGGAAUCUUCUUUGUAGCUACUGAACUCUAUGGAAUACCAACUACUCAUCACUGGGCUGCCUUUCAAGCUCAUUAUAUCUCUCACUUCUUUACAGCUUGGGGUAUUACCACUGCCGUAUGUGUUGGUUGACCGGUAUUGUGGGGUUGGUCUUGGCCAUUCUAUUGAAAAUGGGACUUUAAUAAAACUCUGCUUCUGCCUGAUGCAAACAAAAA